AUGACUCUGCAGCCAUUAACUCCAGUGAACUGUGCAGGUCUCCUCCAGCCUGGCUGCUCUCUGCUGCAGCUGGAUGGUGAACUUCUCUUGUUUGGCCAGAAGGGCUGGCCUAAGCGCUCAUGUCCAACAGGAUUGUUCGGCAUUCGGUUUAGACGUGGUGAGAUGAAGCUAAGAGCCAUCUCCUUCUCCAAUGAUUCCAGCUACCUGCCUCCAUUGCGCUGUCCGGCCGUUUGCCGCCUCGACCCGUACGACGGGCUUCCGGAGAGUUAUCUCAUCCACGGCGGUCGCACUCCAAACAAUGAGAUCUCGUCGAGCUUGUACCUGCUGACCAUGGACAGUCGCGGCUCCAACCGUAAACUGACAUUAUGCUGCAAAGAAAAAGAACUGGUGGGAGAGGUGCCAGGGGGGAGAUACGGCCACUCACUGAGCAUGGUUCAGAGCCGGGGGAAGACAGCUUGUGUUUUAUUUGGGGGUCGAUCGUACAUACCUGCAGGAGAGCGCACCACAGAGAGCUGGAACAGCGUCGUCGACUGUCCCCCUCAGGUGUUCCUGUUUGACCUGGAGUUCGGAUGCAGCUCCGCCCACACUUUACCUGAGCUCAGUGAGGGACUGUCGUUUCACGUGGCCCUGGCUCGAGAAGACUAUGUCUACUUCAUUGGAGGUCACUCAUUCGCCUCUGACUCCCGCCCCCCUCGACUCUUUCGUUUGCAUGUGCAGCUCCUGCAGGGCAGCCCCUUGCUCUCUUGUGAGACCCUAGACACUGGCAUUUCCAUCUCCAGUGCCAUAAUCAACCGCACAGGUCCCACUCAUAGAUACAUUAUCUUAGGGGGAUAUCAGGCGGACUCUAAGAAAAGGACAGAGUGCACCACAGUGAGUCUGGAUGAGACAGGGAUCCACUUUGAGGCGUUGGAGUCACCUAACUGGACCCAAGAUAUUACCCACAGUCGCACUUGGUUUGGGGGCAGUGCCGGGGAGGGAAACAUCUUUCUUGCAGUACCUACUGAGGGCAGGUCGUCCCAAACAGAAAUGCAUUACUUCUAUCUUGUGAGCUUCCAAACAGAGGGUGAUGGAAUAGGGGAAGGAAGAACCCUGAGCUGCAGCCAGGAGUCCACAGAUUACGACGACUCUACUCCUCUCGAGGACUCUGAGGAGCUCUACUUUGGUCGUGAGCCACAUGAGCUGGAAGACAGCAGUGACGGCGAAGAGGACACUUACAAUGAAGAGGACGAGGAGGACGAAUCACAGACGGGCUACUGGAUCAAAUGUUCCCUGGGCUGUCAAGUGGACCCCAACACCUGGGAGCCAUACUACUCCACUGAGCUCCACCGGCCAGCCAUGAUCUUCUGCUCCAGAGGGGAGGAGGGACACUGGGUCCACGCUCAGUGCAUGGAGCUGUCUGAAACCCUGCUGGUCAGUCUCUCCCAGGGCAGCAAGAAGUAUUUCUGCCAGGACCACGGAGGCCUGCCCCACCAGGAGAUGACACCAACUCGACAAGUCAUGCCCCUGAAGCGCACCCCCAUGAAAGUUAAGGACAAAAAAACUCCUCCAACAAUCAAGACAACCCCCACAAAAAAAAGCUUUUUCAGAAGACUUUUCAACUGA